UCACUCUCUUACAUCUCUUUCUCUCUUUCUCUCUCUCUCUCACCAUGCAAGUGAUCACCCAAAGCUCUGAUGAGAAGAAGCAUGUUGCCCUCUUGGCAUUCCCAUUCGGUAGCCACCCAUUCAGCAGUCUAAGUCUGCUGCGUAAGCUAGCAACCGCUGCCCCAAACAUCCUCUUUUCAUUCUUAAGCACACCAAACUCCAACCACUCAAUCCUCUCAAAAGCAAAAUCCGACGACGUUGUUCCACACAACAUAAAGUUCCACGAUGUCGCCGACGGAGUGCCAGAGGGUCACGUGCUUACGGGAAACCCAAUAGAGCCUCUAAACCUUUUCCUCAACGCCAUGCCGGAGAAUCUCAGAAAGGGAAUAGACAUGGCAGCGGUAAAGACCGGUAAGAGAAUCACCUGCUUGCUCUCCGACGCCUUCUUCACUUGUGCUGCCGGGAUUGCCGAGGAAAUGAACGUUCCAUGGAUCCCCAUUUGGUCACCUUUGCCCUGCUCUCUCUCCGCUCACGUUUAUACUGACCUCAUUCGCCAGCGUUGUGGAAAGGGUAGAAGUGGAAAGCUUGAUUUUAUUCCGGGGUUAUCGGCCAUGCAUGUUGCUGACUUGCCGGAGGAGGUGCUGUCUCCGUCGGCCAGCGACGGAGAAGAGUCACCUCUCUCACGCACGCUAAGUCAAAUGGGAUCGGCACUGCCACGAGCUAGUGCUAUAAUUAUGGGUUCUUUUGAGGAGCUAAACCCUUCCCCUCUCAAUCACGAUCUUAAAUCAAAGUUUAAGAAUGUUCUUUAUGUGGGCUUUCUCUCCAUAUCAGUGCCGGCGACGCCUUUACCACCGUCGAGUUCGGAUCUAACGGGCUGCCUAUCGUGGUUGGACGGUAAAAAGUCUAGAUCAGUUGCUUAUGUUGGAUUUGGAACGGUGGCUGCGCUGCCGCGGGAUGAGCUAACAGCGGUAGCUGAGGCACUCCAAACGAGUGGAAUUCCGUUUCUUUGGUCUUUGAGUGAUAACUCGAAGGAUUUAUUGCCGAAAGGGUUUCUUGAGAAGACAAGGAUACAUGGAAAAGUGGUGCCAUGGACGCCGCAGAGCCAAGUGCUGGCGCAUCCUUCUGUAGGUGUGUACGUGACGCACUGUGGGGCAAACUCUGUUUAUGAGAGUAUUGUGAAUGGGGUGCCACUGAUCUGCCGGCCGUUCUUGGGCGAUAACCACAUGACGGGAAGGGUGAUAAAGGAAGAGUGGGGGAUUGGUGUGAAGGUUGAGGGUGGUGUAAUCACCAAGAGUUGGUUGCUCAAGAGCUUGGAACUGGUUUUGAGAGAUGAACAAGGGAAGGUGAUGAGGGAGAAGGCUGAAGCCCUCAAAAAGGUUGUGUUAGAAGCUGCUGGCCCUGCUGGCCGUGCUACUAAAGAGUUCAAUUUUUUGGUAGAGUUCAUAUCUAAGUCUUAAAAUUAAGUUGGCCCUUCGAAUGAGACUUUGGAUUUACCUAAAUAAUGAAUAAAAUAUAUUUAAUCUAGUAUUUUCUCAGCUAUACCUUAUUGCUGAAGAAAUUAUUUCUUUUCUUUUUUAUUUAAAUAAUUAAUGGAUAAAUGCUGAUUGAGCAAUAAGC